AUGGGCGAUGAUUCUUUGAUAUUACGAGAAGAUGGUUAUAUACGUAUGAUCUUUCCUGUUACUUCACUGACUUAUCACAGUAAUUUAAAUAUUAUAUUAGUGAAGACUGAUGAAGGCCGUGUUCACGUUUUGGAUGUUAACUCUGGUGUGAUUCUUCAGUCCUCUUGUCUAUCAGCGGAUGAUGGUGGCACUUUGGGAGUUGAAUAUGCGCCGGGAGCCGACAGAGUGUUCGUUUGGGAUAACAGUGGAAUCGGCGCACGAACUGACUAUAAUGGAGUGCUCCUCCUUCACACGGCCUUACAACGGCCCCUAUUUUCAUCACAGCCAGAUAGUCAAGUCAGAAUUGAACUUGUCUUAUCUGAGGCUGUGCUUCUCUACCAGUGUGUUCAAAGCUUAGACGCACAUUCAAUAGAGGGGCUGGCAGAUUUCAUCAAUGAACUCAAGAAUGCUAUAGAUUCAGAACCAGUCAGAAAAGGAGUCAAAGCUCAAAAAUGGAGUACUGUAACUAUUACACUCCCACAAUCAACACUGCGGCUUGUAAUGACUGGUGUAGUACAAGAACUGAAGGGCCAGAACAGAAGAGUUCCAGCCCUGGCCAUCGCCUCUGCUGUUGGGCAAAGGGCUAAUGAGCUCAUGUCCUGUACAAGGGAUGAAGAAUCACGAGCUCUAAUGUACUCAGAGGCAGAAAGAAAGGAAACUUUCAAGAGGUGGCCACAUAUGGACUACAAAUGGGCGCUGCCGGCGCGCAUGGCGCAGGCGGGCUUCUACCACCAGCCGUCGCCCAGCGGUGACGACCGCGCCAUGUGCUUCACGUGCAUGGUGUGCCUCGUGUGCUGGGAGAAGUCGGAUGAGCCCUGGGUGGAGCACGAGCGCCACUCGCCCAACUGCCCCUUCGUGCGCGGCGAGUACACGCACAACGUCCCCAUAUCGGUCACAAAUGCUACAGCCUGCGCAGUUUCAUCUCCAAAUGUCAAGAUAGUUUCAAAGGGCAAUACCGGUGACUUAAUAGCUACGGGUACAGUGGAAGGGAAGGUUAACAUCUGGAAAUUUGAGUGUGGACUAAAACUUGUCAAGUUCAUACACCUUUCACCAUAUGAUUCUAUUUUUAGUGGAAUUCUAACUACAGAUUGCAAUAAAGUCUGGUCCACAAGCUUAGAAAAGGACACUUCCACCUAUGGCAUCGAGUUAACGGCUAUGGCGUUCGUCGGAAUGAUCUCAAAACAAGAAAUUUUCCCACAAACACAAUGUUCAGACAGCACAGAAAAAGAGCAAAGCACUAAUAAACCCAAACCCUCUCUCAUCUGCGCAGUCACUAUAACGCGAACCAACACUGCCCCCACUAAUGAACCCAUCAAAGAGGACUCAAGUAAAGCUCUCUUUGAUUCAGGUGAUGUAGAUAGAACUAAAGAGAGUAUACAAGCUAUGAACGAUCAGAAUGAGGCCAAGAAUCACCUCGUAUCAUCAAAUAAAAUGCUGUUUCUAUUAACAUAUGAUAUUCAUAGCUCCCUGGCCGGCUCCAUCACGACAGUAGUUCAUACUUCAGACAGUAGCGGGAAUUCUAAGCCUGGUGGCAGUAAAAAGGUUUGCCUGGUCACUCGACCCGCUUAUGAUGACUUGUAUCUGCAGUAUUCAGAUGAAGACACAGAGCUUCCACAGUUCGCCAAUAGUUUAAAGUGCAUAGAUGAACAAAUUAGUAACAUUAUUAAUUUAAAUGCCUCAUCCAGUAAAGAGGAAUGUAAAGUAUGGGAGCCGAAAAAAAUAGUAUUCACUAAAAACUACAAAGUAUUACCUCCGCCGCCGCCGACGGCGCUUUUACCAGAAAUACCGGAAUCUGGACAAGGCAGUGUGUUAGAUUUCGUAGGCAAAAUUUCACAGCUGAAAAGUUGGAAAAAUGAGCAUUUAGAAUCUGUAGGUACUAAGUUGGUCGACCAAACAGAUGCCGUGCAUGGGGAUCCCAUCACGCAGUAUCUCAACAUGACUGGGAAUGGUCCCUUGGAGAUAUCGGACCUGAAGUGGUACGAAGGUGGCGAUGGAACAGAAAAGGUUAAAGUGACGACGUUCGGCGGAAUUAAAGUAGAUGGUCAAGGCGCAGUCACCAGCAGCAAUAAUGAUGGUUUCGACAGUGACCCUCCGCAGGACGAGGCCAUCACACAAGGUAUAGCUGUACAGUGCUUAAGUCUUCCAACAAAGCUGAACCAACGCGAAGACGUCAGAGUGACUCAUCUAUUGCCGACUGAAGACAAGGACCACUUAUUAGUUGUCAUAUCCAGUAUCGAUCCUGAAAAAGUGAAGUCUGAAAGUACUGACUGCGAUAGUGACACUAAGAUGGAUGUUGACGAGGUUCCCGACUACACAGAAAAGACUGACAAAUUAGAUGCAAAAGCUUAUUUUAUUCUCUACAAAAUUAACAGCAAGACCUCAAUAUUUACUUUAGAGGAUAAUCCCGUAUCGUUUAAAGAGUUACCCUUUAACGAAAGUCCCGUAGAUUUGUGUCUUUUGCCUGCGGAUAAACACGAGCAGUAUUGCUUCGCUUCUGUCGGCUUCGACGGUGACCUGAGAGUGUAUUCUCUGCCUGACUUUAAAGUACUUGCAGAGAAGAAAGUACCCAAAGGCCAGUUCACAUCGGUCGUAUAUUGUGCUUCCGUUGAACGUCUCAGCUUAUCAACUAAAGACGGCGUUAUUUACUUUUAUGCGCUUAAUAAUGGUGAAAAGGAUUCCGGUAGCGAUGUGAAUGAGGACGAGCUAGCUAAUAUAGAUUACGAAAUUUUGCAAAAAAUAACGCGAGGCGAAGUGUGUUUCCCCGCGACUCCACCAGUUAUUAUAGCUAACAAACCUGAGCUAGAUCAAAACGAUUUAGAAACUCUUAUGAAUCUUAUCGGUUUUUACGGUAUGAAUACUACUGUUCCAUAUAGUGCUGUUGUACCGGGAUUUUGGUGCGAAUUGUCACCAGCUCAAAGGUCAAGGUCUGACCAUCAAAAUAACAGGUCGUGGCGACUUCAAAAUACAUCUUCGACGUGGGACGAGCAUGUUCUAGAACUGACAUUGCCUUACUGUUUUGCUUUGGCGCACAUAGAAUUUGGUUUUACGUUGCAUUCGGCAAGUUCUGUAAAUUUGCCAAUAAUACAAGUUACGUUGCUCAAACAAAACUUACAUGGAAUCGGUUAUAAGAAAGAUGCGACUUUCGGUCAAAGAGCAGACUCACCAGUGUGGUUUCCAGUGGUGGACGCUGACAUGUCUAACUUAGAGAACCCUGUCAAUAGCGAAGAAUACCUCCAGGCGCAUAACGCUGAGAUUUUAGCUGGUCCACUUUUCUUAUCUUCUGGUUUAGACGCGACACAGCAGUCUGGCACAUUAAUACUGACAAGUCCUCGACUGUAUCGCGCUCGAGGACGAACAUUCUUAAUACACAUUAAAACAUUGUUUGACCCCGCUAAAGAUAUGGCGAAAGGUCCAAUUAAAUCCGGUGAAAGCUCUGGGAAAAAAUCCAGUUUUAUAGGUUGUGAUUGGUUACAUCAAAUUUCUAUUACGGUCCGUUCGUGUCCUCUUUCAGACAUGCCAAUGGGAAGGCAGCAGAGAAUAGCUAUGUUAGAGUCGAAUGGUUUCUUAAACUCACUAUGUGAAAUAGCUAUUAGUAAAGGAGAUAUUGAAAAGCGAAAAUUGGCUUUAGACCUCUUAAAUUGGGUCAUAUCUGUUCGUCUGCAACGUAUGCGAUUUACAAAGACCGAUAAAAGUAAGGAUAAAGAUGCUCAAAGUCCGAUUGAAACACAACAGCUAGAAUGCGUUGCGGUGAUAGAAAAACACACAGACGCUUUGAUUAAAAAUUGCAUACUGUGCGCAAAUAGAAGUAUUGCUAAAAAAUGUGUCAAAAUUAUGUUAAUCACAAGCGAAGGGGUGAAGGAAUUACCUAUGCCGUGGAAGACGACGUUCGAGCAAACGCUGACGAACAGCGUGAUGGCGUGCAUCCCACUGGUGGGCGCCAGCUCGUCGCCGGGUGCGCUGAAGUGGUUGAUGGCGCUGGCGCAGCACGCCACGCCGCGCGCCGCCGCGCCCGCGCUCGUGGCGCGCGGCCUGGCGCUACUGGAGCGCGCCGCGCGCUGUCUGCGCGAGCGCGCCGACCCCUACCACCAGCUGCUCAGGGCCAGGUUCGGUCUGUACGGGCUGCCGCUGGAGCGCAGCCGCUUCGGCGCGGAGCUGCCGGAGCUGGCGCGCGCGCCGCCGCCGUCCGCCGCCUGGGCCCCCGACGCGCCGCCCGCCGCGCCGCCCGCGCCGCCGCCCCACCUCAUGCACUUCCAGCUGAAGGACCUCCUCAAUCUGCCGCCCACUGAUGCCCCAGCGAACGGGCAGACGAUGACGCCGGACAGGAGCUGGACUCCGCCCUUGCCGGAGCCGCGCGGGUCGCGCUCAGAGCCCCGACCGGUCCAAUUGAGGGAUCUCUUCGACCUACCGUCUUUCAAAGAGAGCGGCAAGAGCAACGGCGCGGGCGCGUGGUGGGGGUUGAGCGGGCUGGAGGCGGUGGGCGCGGGGCUGGGCGAGGCCACGCCGCUGCACGUGACGUGCCACGUGGCCUCGGACGGCACCAAGCUGGAGACGGCGGCGGCGCGCCACCCGCCCGCCGUCGUCAGCGCGCACUCCGCCGACCCGCACCAGUUAUGGACAGUGGUAAAAGAGGGACAAGCGAAACAGUCGUCUCAGGAUCCUGAUUCGUUGGACGACAUCGUCGAGAAUUCACUGAUGGAGUGCGAUCCUCAAGACAAACAAGACUACCCCGAUGAGAAAUUCUUUAAGGAGGGCGAGCAGUGCGGUAUCCCGUGGGCGACGCUGGUGACGCGGCCGCCGCAGCACACGCUGGUGGUGGAGCGCAUGCACUCGGGCGCGCGCCGCUACAUCGUGCUCGACUUCGGACACCUCGUGCGCCUCACCGACCUGAUCAUCCCGUCGUGCUCGGACCUGGUGACGCUGUGCAUCGACAUCUGGACGGCAGGCGAGGAGGCGGACUGCGUGAAGCUGGCCUUCGCCACCGACAUCGCCACCAAGCACCUCGUGCUCACCGACAUACAGCCGCCGCCACUCUGCCGGUACAUGAAGAUAACAACAAUAGGACGCUACGGCAUGUCGGCGAUGAAAUGCAAAAUACCACUCGGCUGGUUCUACGGCGAGAUUGCAGAGAUAGCUAACGUGCAAGCUUCCAUUAACGCGCUUAAAGCGCUUUAUGAAGAUCUGUCCUGUAGGUUUCGAUUGGCCACAGGCAAGUUGAUAGAUUUAUUAAACCCGUUCUUGGACCUCUAUAACGGUAACGCGGCGCACAUGAUGUCGUACCUCAACCAAACGGUCGACUCGGAUCCCAAAAUAAUUGCCGCGUACCAGGAGUGUAUAGAGCUACAGCAGCAGCUACACAACUGCUCCAAUAUAUUGAAGAGGUUGCAGAACGCCCCCGAUGCUAAUGAGAAAAUGUUAGAAGCUAUAGAGAAAGGCACGGUGACGUCAACCGCGCUGCUGGAGAGGGCGUCGACGGAUAAGCUACGAGUGAUCAUAAAUAAUAUUGUCGAUUUACUGCUGUACUUCCUUUUCCAAGUGAACGAUGUACAGUACGCGCCGGUGGGCGCGGAGUGGUGCCGCGCGGUGCUGGCGCUGGCGUGGGAGGGCGGCGGCGCGAGCGCGGCGGGCGCGGGCGCGCUGCUGGCGCGCGUGUGCGGCGCGCGGCGCUGGUGGGGCGCGCUGCUGGCCGACGCGCUGGCCGCCGCCUUUGCGCCGCAGGACCACCCGCCGCAGCCGCUCGACAGAUGCCUGGUGGCAGUGAUGUACAUGGCGCGCAAGAGCAUGUACGCGCACGCGGGCGGCGAGGGCGGCGUGGCGCAGGCGCUGUGCGCGCGCACACUGGAGCUGCUACGCGCCGCGCGCCCACACAGCGCGCUGCUGGCCGCGCUGCUCACCGCGCUCGCCUCUGUGCUGGACGCCGCCGUGGCCGCGCCCGCGCCCUCCUCCGUCGCCGCCGCCGCCCACCACAAGACCAACAACAGAUGGGACUGGGUGACGGGCGGGCGCGCGAAGAGCAGCCCCGCUGACAGCGCGACGCCGUCGCCGCGCGCAGUGGAGUGCAAACUGCACCGCCGCAAGCUGCACAAGAAGCUGCUGCACCAGAUGCAGGAGCUGGAGGCGGCGCGCCGCGGCAUACAGGUCGCGCUCGAGGAGCAGCAGCGCGCUCGCCUGAGCCUCAAAGCGCGCGUGGCGAUGAUGUCGAAGCGCGGGGGCUCCGGGUCGGGCGCGGGCGCGGGCGCAGCGGGCGCGCGCUCGCCCGCGCCGCGCGCCGACGACGCCUCACGCCUGCUGUCGCCCGCGCUGGGCGCCGCGCUGGCGCACGCGCUCGUCACGCACAUGCUCGCCAUGGACUCCACGCUGCUGGCAGACCAUCUGCUGCUCUGCGCUAAGGUGGUGGGGCGGCUGUGCGCGCUGUGCGGCGGCGCGGCGCUGCUGGAGCCCGCCUGCGUGCUGGGCCUGGCGCGCCUCGCCGUCACGCUGCCGCCUUGGCCCAGGCACGCCAUCACCACGCUAUUGCAGGACCUAGUGGAGCACGAGUGCGGCGAGCCGCCGGCCACGCCGGGCGAGGAGUGGGGCGCCAGCACGUCGCGCGCGCACGCCGCCCACGACGAGCCCGGCUACUGUAAGACCCCGCCCAAGCGGCUCGGCACCGUCGCAGAUGUUUUAGCGGACAGUUUCGGGCUGGCGAAGAGUGCUAACUUCACCAAGCCUAAAAUAAAUACCCCGCCCGCUCUCGUGUCCGCAAGUUUCUUCGAAGACAUGGAAUGUCAGCUGACUCAAGUAGCGGAAUCUGACGAUUCAGAGCUAGAAGAGAAACUUGCACAGUACUUCUUCGAAGGUGUCAAAAAAGAAACCAGAACGAAGCCGGUUGGAGAUGGAAGCAACUGCUUAUCGAUGUGCGUGGACGCGCGGCUUGAGAACGGCGCGGCGGGCGCGGGCGAGGCGUUCGCGCAGCGCGUGCUGGCCGCCACCGCCGCCGCGCUGCCGCUGGCCGUGCGCGCGCCGCCCUGUCGCGCCGCACCCGACGCCGCCGACCCCGCCUCGCCGCCCGCCCCCGCGCCCGGCCCCGCCCCCUCGUCCCCGUCCGGCUCCGCCCCCGGCCCCGCCCCCGCCGCGCACGAGGAAACGCGCGUCCACCCGCCCCUCGCGCACACGCUGUACGAUGUGUUUAGACAUCUGGCGUUGGAGUUUCAACACCAGGUGGACGGCACGCUGAUAGAGAACGUGGUGUCGCUGUGGCUGACGCUGAACGGGUCGGCCAGCGGCGGCGCGUGGGCGGCCAGCGCGCUCAGCGUGCCGGCCGACGCGCCGCGCGUGCGCCUCGCCGCCGACACCGUCACCGCGCUGCUGCGCGCGCUCACGCUAUUGGAAAAUAUAUCUUUGAGAUGUUGGGUGUUAUCUAUGCAAGCUCUAGCUUGGGUAGCGAGUUUGCCUCUUCAGACGGAAGGCACAUCACAGACUAUGGGACGCGUGAUCCUCGAGUGCGAGUACUUCGUGCCUGCGCUUGUUAAGUUUAUUUCUAUAGAUGUCACUGCCGACGGCGCCGUCAUAUCCUCAGAGCCUUACUUGGGCGGAGCGACGAUUGGCGCUGGCGCGGGCGCGGCGGUGGCGCUGCAGGCGGUGCUGUCGCGCGUGGUGAAGGCGCGCGGCGCGGCGGGUGCGCUGGCGGCGCUGCGCGCGCUGGCGGCGCUGUGGGCGCGCGCGCCGCACGCGCCGCCCGCCGCGCACGCCGCGCUCGACCUGCACGCCGCGCUGCUGCGCGCCGCGCACUCGCUGCUGCCCACGCUCACGCCCGCGCACGUGCCGCACGCGCUGCCGCUACUCAAGUCCAUUGCGGAGCAGAGCGGAUGGUGGGUGCGCGAGAGCAGCGGCUGGCGCGCGGAGAGCGGCGGCGGCGCGGCGGGUGGCGAGGCGCGGCUGUCGGGGCUGCUGGCCGACGUGCUGGCGGGCUCGGCGCGCCGCGCGCCCGUGCGCCGCGCGCUGCUGCAGCACCUGCUGCACUACGCGCGCAAGCUGCUCUCGCUGCCGCUGCCGCCCGACACGCCCAACGUGCCCAACGUGCCCCACGCGUCUCACGCGCAGCCCCCGACGAGCCCCGGCUCCGGCGACAUGUCGCAAACAGACGAGAGUAAGGCACAGAACAGCGCAGUGCAGGACGGCACAAAUCUCGAAGAUGAGAAAAAACAACAAGCCACUAAGGCACCUUGUCUAGCUGACGCCGUAUUACAACAAACAGACAUCAUGUUCAAGUUUUAUGAAACAUUAUCAAUGUGUAAUGGGAUGAACACACUAGUGUUGAGUUCAGGUGCACCGGUCGAGUGCGGCAGUGAGCAGUGGUCGCUGAAGGAGGAGUUGUUCUGGCUGGUGGCGCAGCUGCCCGCGCUGGCCGCCAGCCCCGUCGCCAUGCUCUCCAGCCUCCUGACCUUCCUCAGAAGAGACGACAUGGUGAAACUAUCGCAAGCUAUGCAGUGCCUGGUGGUGCGAGUGCUGGAAAAGCAGGAGAUACUCGCCGCUUUCAUCGAAGCGGGAGGGCUCGAGCUGGCUCUCGAAAAAUUUACUGCUUGCCAUCAGGCCGGCCCCAGCAGCAACCAUGGCCUGGUGUCCUCCCUUAUGAAUCACUUGAAGCUGCCGCCACAGCUGAUCAACCUCUCGACGUCGGCCUCUAGUGGCAACAAGAAAUCUCAACCGCCAGUUCUGGAAACAACUAAUGGUUUAAUAAAUAUUGCGCCACUGUGCACGGUGUCGUGCGGCAACCCCACGGCGCAGACGGCGGAUGUGCUGCUGGGCGGCGGCGGCGGCGCCAGCGCGUGCGCCGCGCGCCGCGUCCGCGCCGCCGCCUGGUCCUACCACUUCUUCAGCGCCGACGACGCGUCGCUCGCGCUCACGCUCACGCUGCCCUACGCCGCCACGCUGCACGAGGUGCACCUGCAGCCGCACCUCACCAGCCUCGCCAAUAGUAAUGGAGACGCGUACGAUAACAUAAUGCUAUUGACUGCAGCGUGUCCGGGUGCGGUUGGCGUGGAGGCGGGCUGCAGCGGCGCUGUGGUGCCGCUGGGCGCGCCGCAGAGCACGGCCGGCAUGACGUUCAUCCGCCUGGCGCUGGCGCGGCCGCUGGUGGUCACCACGGUCACGCUGCGCCUGUACAAGCCGCGCGACAGCUCCAACAUGGGCCUGCUGCAGCUGCGCCUGCUGGCCGCGCCCGCCUUCUCCUCGCCCAGCGACCCGCACCUCGCCGCGCAGGAGUACCACGAAAAUCGGUGGGCGCGCGUGUUGCGGUCGUGCACGCGCGCGCGGCUGGAGGAGGCGCACUGGGCGGCGCUGGGCGGCGCGGGCGCGCUGGCGGCGCUGGGCGCGUGCGUGCUAGCGGGCGGCGCGCAGGCGCAGCACGCGCACCACGUGCUGCUCGUCGCCGCGCGCUCCGCGCCCGCGCUGCGCGCCCCGCUACUCACCGCGCUGCUGCAGAUGGACGCGCAUGCGCAGACGCACGCGUUCCAGCAGUCGCGCGGCACGGUGGCGGUGAGCAGCGGCAGCAUCAGCGGGCUGUGCUCGCUGGCCACGGCGCUGUGCCGCUGGUGCUCGGCGGGCUGCGCGCAGGCCUACGUGGCGUGGCUGGCCGCCGCCGCCGAGCGCGCGCUGCGCGACGCACACGAGCCCUCCGCCGCGCUCGUGCACACGCUAGCCUCGGUACUGUGGACUUUGAAGCAAGACAAUAUUUUACAAAACUUGGAGGAACUCAUAACUGAUGAUUUAUUCGAACUUAUUUAUACAUGGGUGAAAGAUGUACCGGAAAGCAAUUUACUUAAGAAAUCUUUAGAUGCAGUAUUGUGCUCAAUGUGCUACAUACGGCCAGAGUUGUUUAGGUUCCUACUAGAGCAGAUGGAAAUUCCAAUGGACUUUGACGUGAGCAUGGAGAGCGUGACGGACGACACGAAGGUGGGGCGGCCGGCGUGCGCGGCGUGGGGCGGCGGCGCCGUGGUGGCGCGUCUGCGCGGCGGCCGCCUGCGCACUGUGGCCGCCGCCGCCAUGUCGCCCGCCGCCACGCUGGCGCUGCUGCACUGCCCGCUGCCCGCCGCGCUCGUGCAGGCCAUCGCCGAUUUCAGUGAAGCUAAACUUGAAGCGAUAAUGGCGCAAUCUAAUUCUGAAGAGGACGUUCACAUGACCGAUUCUCAAACUCAAGAAUAUGGGCGACUUAAAGAGCUGCCGUCGAUGCAGAGUAUCUGCGAGGUGGUGGAAUGGGCGCGGCUGGUGAGCGCCGAGCGCCGCGUCAAGGCGUGGCUGGGCGGCGCCGGCAGCGGCUUCUGGCGCCCGCUGCUGCGCCUGCUAUGCCACCCGCGCCCCGCCGCCACUACUUGGCAAGAAAAUGCACACUUCGCGGUGCUCGAGGAAAACACAAUCCGGUUGUUCUCUGAGCUGACGGCGUGUCACAACGCCAACCAGAAACUUUUCGCUUCCACACUACACAGUAUUCUUGAAUCUAUGCCUUAUACUGGUCCUGAGGGGCUGUCGGGGUUCACGCGCGCGCUGAUCCUGCGGCUGGUGCUGUCGGGUGAGCGCGUGGGCGUGGCGCUGCGCUGGGCGUCGGGCGGCGCCAGCGCGUGCGCGCCGCCGCAGCUGGGCGCGCCGCCCCACCCCGGCGCCGCGGCGCACGCCGCGCUGCUGCUGCCGCUGCACACCACCGUGCGCUCCGUGCUCGCCGACCACCGCCCGCCCGCACCACUGCUGGAAGAGGCGAGCAGGCUGUCGAGCCAGGGCGCGAGCGGCGGGCGCGGCGGCGAGGGCGGCGCCGUGCUGCGCAGCGCGUCCGACACCGCCAUCCUCACGGUGGCCGAGGCGUGGGAGCUGUCGCUCGCGGCCGCCAGCGCCUCCAAGGACAAGCGCGUCAAGGACGUCAAGAACUCCUCGCUCAAGCAGCAGACCAGCAAGAAGCGACAGUCCAAGACCAACAGUGACACAUCCACCGCGCCACCUAACGACGAUUUAAUAGAAUCUUCUAUCCGCGUAAGGGUGGAAGGAAUAGACGGCUUCAUACCGCCCAGCACGACGUUGGCGCAGCUGCACGCCGCCGUGCCGCACGUGUUCGGGCCGCACCUCACGCUCAACCUGUAUAUCAAUGCUCACGGAGAAAUGUGGAAGGGCGGCAGCUGCGGCGAGGGCGGGUCGGGCGCGGCGAGCGGGUACCGCAGCAACGUGGUGCUGCGCGAGUUCGGCGCGUGCGGCGGUCUGGCGCUGGUGGCGGCGCGCCUGCCGCGCCCACACGCCGCGCCCGCGCCGCCGCCCGCACCGCCGCACCACCACGACCUCGACUGGGUCAAGCUAGACGACGCCUACGAGGAGAUGGUGGAGCUGGGCGUGACGUCGGCGGGCGGCGCGGGCGGCGCGGGCGCGGGCGCGGCGGGCGCGGCGGAGGAGGCGGGCGCGGCGGGCGUGCCGGCGCACGCGCUGCUGGCGCUGGCGCUGCUGCUCAAGCUGCCGGGCUACGCCGCCGCGCUGCUGGACGAGGGCGCGCGCGCCGUGCACCUGCUGCGCCUGCUGCUCGGCGUCGCACACGACGAGGAAGGACGCAACAUCGUGGUGAGCGGCGCGGGCGCGGGCGGCAAGGCGGGCGCGUCGCUGGGCACGCUGCCCUUCCGCGUGGCGGGCGCGCUGCUGGAGGCCGCGCCGCGCGCAUCGCCCGCCGGCCGCGAGCUGCGCGCCGCGCUGCUGCGCCUGGGCGCCGUGCGCCUCGUGCUCGCCUGCCUCGCCGUCUUCACGCACCACAAGCCGCCCGGCGCACAGAAUAGUCAAAACUCGAACGGGUCAGGCAAGGAGGAGAAGUCGCAGCUGUACUGGGCGAAGGGCACGGGCUUCGGCACCGGCUCCACGCAGCAGUCGUGGAACGUGGAGCAGGCGCUCGUGCGGCAGCGCAUCGAGGAGGAGCACGUCACCGUGCUCUUGCAGGUGUUAGUAUCGUACAUGAACCCCGGCGAGAAAUGGCCGCCGGAAGAGGGGUCGCAGGAGGAGGACGAGCCCGAGGAGGCGGGAGAGGGCGACGCGCACGACCUGCCGCCUGAGUUCAUCGACCUGGUGGUCAACAGCUCGCUCGUGCCCGCCAUUUGCUCUUACUUAAGAAAUGAUUCGGUGCUGGACAUGUCGCGGCACAUCCUGCUGUACGCGUGCGUGCUGCGCGCCGUGCGGGCGCUGCGCGCGCUGCGCUGCCGCCGCCUGGCGCCCGCGCUGCGCUCGCUGCCGCGCCUGCUGGCCAGCAUGAGCCGCACCACCAACUCCUACGCGACCAAGCUCAGAAUGAGCAAGAAAAACAUAUUCGGAAAGAUGACUUACAGCCAAAGAUUUAGUUCAUCGAGCAACUCGGAGCUGUCAGAAGAAGACGAGGGCCUCGCGUUGCUCAUUGCCGAUAUUCAGGCGACAUCAGCCCUGAUGUGUCGGUCGGAGGGCGAGGCAGAGGGCGCGGGCGGCGCGCGGCCGCUGCGCGGCGCCACGCGCGAGGCGCGCUACAUCGACCUCAUGCGCACCAUGCAGUUCGAGACGUUCGAGAUGAUGGCGGAGAGCGCAGAGGGCGGGUUCCGGUUCACGGUGCCCUACCACUUCGAGGGCACGGUGCGCGCGGCCGGCGAGCGCGCGCACCCGGCGCGCAUGAAGCGCCUGGCGCAGGAGGCCGCCACGCUGGCCACCUCGCUGCCGCUCUCCUACUCCUCCUCCGUAUUCGUGCGCACCGACGCGGACCGCCUCGACGUCAUGAAGGUGCUGAUCACGGGCCCGUCGGACACGCCGUACGCCAACGGCUGCUUCAUCCUGGACGUGUACUUCCCGGCGGAGUACCCUGCCGUGCCCAUGCUCAUCAACCUGGAGACCACGGGCCGCCACUCCGUGCGCUUCAACCCCAACCUGUACAACGACGGCAAGGUGUGCCUCUCCGUGCUGAACACGUGGCACGGCAGGCCCGAGGAGAAGUGGAACGCGCACACGUCCAGCUUCCUCCAAGUGUUGGUGUCCAUCCAGUCGCUGAUCCUGGUGCCGGAGCCGUACUUCAACGAGCCGGGCUACGAGCGCAGCCGCGGCACUCGCGUCGGCAACAGCGCCAGCCUCGAGUACAACUCCAACAUCUACCAGGCGGCGGUGCGCUGGGCGAUGCUCGACCACCUGCGCGCGCCCGAGCCCUGCUUCAAGGAGGUGAUCCAGACUCACUUCUGGAUGAAGCGCAACGAGAUAAUGCAAACGGUGGCCAACUGGAUCACCGAGCUCGAGGGGCAGAGCGGCGACGAGCGCACGCAGCGCAGCAUACAGCACAACCUCAUGGCGCUCAAGAGGCAUUAUGUCAAACUACAAGAGGAACUAGCGAAACUGCCCGUGCCGCCCGGCCUAGAGGACCUGGACGAGCCCUUCCAGCUGCCGGCCGCGCCCACGCCGUCUACCCCGGCUCGCCGCCCACCCAUGGCACGCCGCCCGCCCACGGCACGCCGCCCGCCCCCGCGCCAACCGCCCAGACCGCCCAGCCCGCCCAGCCCUCGUCCGACGAGA